GGUCACACUCUUGGAUGUUGCUACCUGUCGCUGUGAACACCUGAGAAGCGCUAGCCUUGUUUGAAAUAAAGGAUUAAGACAGGAGACAACCCGGUGUACCAACCUAUCAAUUCAAAGUUUCAUUUACUUCAUUUAUUUUCGGCAAGGAAGUUGGUUCAUGGAGAUUUAAGUUUGCUAGGAUUUACCUAGCAAGCAAAAUGUGCUUAUUACGUUCACAUCGGUAACCCUCAUCUGUGAAAAAAAGACGCGUCAAAAGACCCCAUAACUGAUGGCCUCAUUCUUCCAUCAGUUACGACUUCUGUUGUGGAAAAAUGGCCUCAGUGUCAUCAGGCAACCAGGAUGGUCCCUGGCUCUGCUCAUCUGGCCCCUGGUCAUCUUCAUUAUCCUGGCUAUUACCCGAUCCCAGUUCCCUCCCAAGAUAAGAGACACAUGCUAUGUGGCCCCAAGGAAUCUCCCGAGUGCGGGCUUCUUCCCCUUCCUGCAGACCCUCAUGUGCAACACAGACACCUCCUGCUCCAACCACUCUCGCCUGUCUGGACGCCGCUACCGCGGUCACCAUGGCUACCGGGUGGCACGAGACACAGCCGCGGCCGAGCAAGACCAUGACCAUGACCAUCCCGGCAUGGUCUUCCUGUCUGGCCAGCCUGCCAUCCUGACCCAUCUCCAGGAGCAGGGCUUGGUGCGGAAAGUACGCUCCACCCAGGAUGCCGAGCGCCUCGAUGACCUCACGGAACUCUGGAACAUGCUAAUAAACCCUAGCAGUCAAUCAACACCUCCAAAGGACACACUCAUGGCUGCAAUCAACCAAACAAUUUUCCUUAACAAGGGCGACCUCCACACCAUGCUGAGGUCGGUGGACCAGCUGAAACACUCCUUCUGCAAGCUGGUUGAGACCACCGUGGAUCCAUCACAGCAACAGGAUGACCCUCUCGUCGCUGGCCUGGUCACCUUUUGCAACACAAACGACACUUUUCUGGAGGUGUCCUUGAUCAUUCUGAACAAGGUGUUGACGCAGCUGGUCUUGGACAACCCAACUGAGGUGUUCAACACACUGGGUGUAGGAGUAGCUGUUUUUGAGGCUCUCCAGAAGCAAGAAUCAUUCUGGGAUCUCCUGCUGGACCUUCCCGACCUGUUCCUGUUGCCUACUACCGAGGAAAAAUUUGCAGAUGCCGCUCAGAGAAUGGAAUACCUGAAAAGCACAAUGGCAUCUCUCCAGAGCACCUUCCCCCAAGUAAACCUCUCUCUCGCCACCGUGAAUCCAGUCAUAGAAGGCGGAAUCUCCCUUCUUAAAUACAUGAGCACAUGGUCAGGAAAAGAUGUGUAUAUCCACCUCAAGGAUGUCCUGAAGCCGUUCAAUGCUUCCGCACAGACAUCAGAUGUGAUGAACGUCAUUGAGUCCACUUCAGUGCCACUCACUGAGGCCGUAGUACUACUGGACCAAGCAUCGUUCCGUUCUUACGUGUGUGACAGCGGCAAUGCUUCAAGCUCCCUUCAACAGGCGUGCAGCAGUGGACUUGUCAUUAAAAUCUUUAACAGCAUAAGCCCACAGAAAGUGGUGGAACAGGCACUUCUGGCUUGGGGCGAUGGCAUUGCGUCUUCCGAUGUCCAAUUUACCACCCAGCUACUGAGCAAAGUCUUGAAGAACUUCUGGACUCCUGCAGGCUCCACCAGCAGCCGGGCAGGGCGCUACAGUCUUGAACAGCCCUGGAACACGCCCGAAAAGCUGUUUGACAGUAUUGGCUCUGCGGCUAUCCAGCUUCUGCAGGGGCUCCCCGGCUGGGACAUUGUACGCUCUGUCCUGAUGGGCGGACACGCCUCCAUGCAGCUUGCCACCCAGAUCCAGACAACACAGCAAGAACUAAUGGGCCUGUUCCUAAAGGAUGCAAAGCACAUCCAGGCCACAGCUCAGGGCUUAAUGCAUGACUACCACGUGGCCAAUGCCUUCGCUGUCAACGUCACCAACUCGGCAAUAAACGGUGUAAUCCAGGCUGUGCUGGGCCAGGUGGACUGCAGUAAUCAGGCUGCUCAGUGGUCCUGGAUGUCCUCCCUGAGCUCUCUGGACCCCCAGCUCUGGCACACUCUGGUUUGCUCGGGGAACGGCUCUCAGCUGGAAAACAUCCUCAUAGCCCCACUGCUUCCAGUCAUCCAGAAGGUGAACCACCUAGCUGCUGUGAUUGAGGGCACCACGUGCUACAACGUGACCACGUCUAUGCUUCUCGAGGAGUGGCACAAGGUGUUCAUGGCGUCGGAGAAGAAUGCUCAGUUUCUUCCACAAUUUUUCAGCGAGAUUGAUCAGGCGUUCUUUGACAGCUUCGUGCCGACCAACAUCACUGUCGAUUGGCUGAAUAUCUUGACAGAAAGAGCACUGGAUGUCGUUGACUAUGCUGAGACGGUGGAGCGCCUGUGGCCAGUGGUGGUACCCUACUUCAAGCUAGCCUACUACAUCAUGACCUACCAGCCAAAUGUCACUGCACCACCUAACUGUACUAUGGACCAGCAAACGUCCAUGCCACACUGCGACAUUAAUUACACCUCCGAGAAGUUCAUUGCAGCAACUAAAGUUCUGAUUGAGGAAGUAUCUGGCAAUCCAGCUGCAGUACUGAGGCUUGUCCAGGGCUCUCUGGUGGUCCUCCAGAGCACCUACAGGGACUUUUACAUCACGGCUGUGACUCAGCUCCUCAGUGCCCCAGGCCAGUUGCCAGGCGAUGGAUCCAUUGCAAAUCUCCUUGGGAAGCUCAUUCACGUGUUAGACAAAGACAUCCAGCUCAUCUCGAAACUCAUGUCAGUCGAACAGUUCGCCAGCCAUCUGCCCAUGUCCCUUCUGAAUCACAUGGUGGAAGUCUUCAAGUUGAAACCUCUUGAGCAACUGUGGAAUGGUGCCACCAACGCCUCCUCCAUUAUCGACGCGAUCCUGGCCGUGGCCCAAAACAACCAAUACCUCUUGUCAGGCUUGUCCAUGAAUCAGUCCGAUCCAUCCUCUGCUGACUUGGCAGCGCUAAUCAUGAAUUGGCUCCAGAGCAGUCAAUUCAACUUCACCAUGCCCAUUUCUGUCAAUCUGAGUAACCUGGUGCUGACAUACUCUGCCGCACUGAGCACAACAGAUCUGGCCUUCCUGGAGCAAGUUUGGAAGCCUCUCCUUAACCAGACCACUGAAGGCAUCGCUCAUUCAGUUCUAAGGGCCCUGAUGCUCUUGAGGGAAGUGGUCAGUGCCUCUGACGGCGACAUGUCUGAAGUAGUACUCACAUAUGUUCAGCAACUGCAAGCGUUUCUGGUGAGGGCUCUCCAACUUCAGCAGCACGUGCAACUCCUUCAGCCCGGUGGAGGCCUGGGUCCUGAUCAGAUCACGGACCUGAAACCAGUUGUCAUGAGCCUCCUUCAGACACUGUCACCUCAGUCCGUCCAGGCCCUUAGUUCAGAAGGAUGGUUGGCUGUAGUCGAUGCUGUCCUGGGACAGCUUGGUCAGAUGGUACCUCAUGAGCUUCAGGCACACUAUCAACAGCUUGUCAAUGACACUCGUGCUCUACUUGGUGCUCUAAAUCACUGUCAGGCCACAGGUCAGGACUGUGCUGCUGGCGUGUCACAAGUUGGCCAGAUUCUGUAUCAGGUCUCCGAGACAAUGCUAGCAGGUCCUAGUGCAGACCUAGUACUUCAGUUUGGUCCCAUUCAAGGUAACAUGACCCUCGCUGUGGCUGAGAAAUUGCUUGCUCUGUUCCGCCCUUGGACUAAUGCAUCGUCUUCACCACAGCUGACAAUGGAAUCCAUCGCCAAGGUCCUCAAUUUCCUUCAGACUAUCACCUCCAAGCCCAACAUCACAGUGGCAGGCCUCCAAGAAGCAUUGAGCGCAUCAAAUCUUACCGUCCAUGAGAUCGACCAAAUUGCACAGUUAGCCAUGAACCAAUCUGUUUCCACCAUCCUCUCCAACUUGACUGCCAUAGCCAGUAUCCAGCAAUGCCUCACUGACCAAAGCCACAAAUUCAUGAACUCCACUGAAGCUGGAUGUGCUCUGAAGAUGAUUCAGACAGCAGUCUGGUUCCUUCAAACCUUCCCUUUACCCCAAGAGACAAAAUCAAAUUUAAUGGCACUAAAGGUAAUGAUCCAAAUUUUUACUGAAAGAAUGGGAGAGGAGAAUGUUGACCCUGGCAAACUGUCAGCGGAGAUAAUAAGACAAACCCUGCAGAACAUCAAAGAGAGCCUAAAGAACCUCAACUACAACAACACUGACCAAAUCAUCAAUGAGCUCAAUGUUCUUGAUGGCAUUGUCCUUCUUGGUUUCCAUAACCAGUACCCUAAUCAUACCAUAAACCAAACGAUGAUGGGAAACAUGGACUAUGCACAGAAAGUGUACAGUGAAAUUGCACAGUGGUAUCUGACAAAAUUGGAGAACGUGACCAGUGGCAGCAUGUUUUCAGACCUCUUGUUUCCAAUCUUUCGAAUGACACAGCUGCAGAUUGCAUUGAAUUUGGCUCAGUCUGACUUUGACACGCUCGUGACCCAGCAGGUGGAAGGUCUCAUCUCCCAAGUUCAGCUCCCCCUGGAUGGACACGAUCUGAGGCAAAUCAGCCAUGCGGUCAUCAAAAUACUUCACGCCCAACUGGAUCUCAUAAAAUCGAACUUGAAACUGCAGCAGGACUACUAUGACGCAAUGGGCAUACCCAUGAACAUCACGAUACCAAAAGACAUUGAGGAACAGAUCAUGAUGUAUGUCAACCUCACACAGAAGUGGACCUCAGACCCCAGUUUUACCUCUGCUUUGGCGACUCUUCUGCAAUUGGACUUAAACGCUCUGAACGGUACCGUUGACCAAGACAUCCUUGAGCUCAUCAAAGCCAUGAUUCCACUAUUGUCAGUAGAGCAGCGGGCUUACCUCACUGCCAUAGAAAAGGCCUAUGAGGCCCUAAUCUAUGCGGUGCAAGCAGCAAGUUAUGGAGAUGUCCAAAGUGCCAACUUCACCAUGGCCAUUGAGAAUGCAGUUGGAGUCAUCCUGGAUGUGGUGUCCAGCGAGACCGGAGCCUUGCCAAACGCAACCAUUCAACACAUGGUGGCCGCCCUCAGCAGCUCUCUUCAGCUCAUUCUCAAUCCCAACAUGAGCUAUGCCCAGUCAGUCCACCUAAGCCUUGUGCUGUCAAGGAGUAUGGAGGAUGUGAUCACAGCACUCUUGCCCAGAGAGGCAGCGGAGAUACUGGCCCCUAUGACCAAUGUCAUCACCACCUACUUUGAGGCCGUCUCUCAGCCUGCUGGACCUGAUGCAUGGAACAUACUAGUUGUCAACAUCAUGAAAGGACUGAUGCACACUUUACCACAGAAUAAUACUGUGCAGCCAUAUAUCUCCCUGAUUGUGGGAGCAAUAGAGGACAUCCUGAACUCAACACAGGGUAACAGCCUGGGAGACUUGCAAAACAUGGGAAAUCUGACCAUCCCCAUGGCCAUUGAGGGUGCAGUUGGAGUCAUCCUGGAACUGGUGUCCAGCGAGACCGGAGCCUUGCCAAACGCAACCAUCCAACACAUGGUGGCCGCCCUCAGUAGCUCUCUACAGCUCAUUCUCAAUCCCAACAUGAGCUAUGCCCAGUCAGUCCACCUAAGCCUUGUGCUGUCUAGGAGUCUGGAGGAUGUGAUCACAGCACUCUUGCCCAGGGAAGUAGCGGAGAUAGUGGCCCCCAUGACCAAUGUCAUCACCACCUACUUUGAGGCCGUCUCUCAGCCUGCUGGACCUGAUGCAUGGAACAUACUAGUUGUCAACAUCAUGAAAGGACUGAUGCACACUUUACCACAGAAUAAUACUGUGCAGCCUUAUCUCUCCCUGAUCGUGGGAGCAAUAGAGGACAUCCUGAACUCAACACAGGGUAACAGCCUGGGAGACUUGCAAAACAUGGGAAAUCUGACCAUCCCCAUGGCCAUUGAGGGUGCAGUUGGAGUCAUCCUGGAACUGGUGUCCAGCGAGACCGGAGCCUUGCCAAACGCAACCAUUCAACACAUGGUGGCCGCCCUCAGUAGCUCUCUACAGCUCAUUCUCAAUCCCAACAUGAGCUAUGCCCAGUCAGUCCACCUAAGCCUUGUGCUGUCUAGGAGUCUGGAGGAUGUGAUCACAGCACUCUUGCCCAGACAGGCAGCGGAGAUACUGGCCCCCAUGACCAAUGUCAUCACCACCUACUUUGAGGCCGUCUCUCAGCCUGCUGGACCUGAUGCAUGGAACAUACUAGUUGUCAACAUCAUGAAAGGACUGAUGCACACUUUACCACAGAAUAAUACUGUGCAGCCUUAUCUCUCCCUGAUCGUGAGAGCCAUAGAGGGCAUCCUGACACAGGGUAACAACAGCCUGGGAAUCUUGCAAAACAUUGGAAAUCUGAACUUGACUGAUAUUGGCAUGAUUUCCGAGCAGCUGGAAGGGGUCUUAGCGUCUCUUCUGCCUCUCCUUGGGGAUCAAGUCCAGGGUCUGACACCGCAGCUUGGGAAAGCUAUCGCUGACACGGUUCCUGUGCUCCUUCAGGUCAUGAACGGCCAAGCUAAUCAACACACCUUUAAAAGGCUCGAGAAGAUUGUUGCAGUUCUCUUAUCAACCAUUAGAGGGAGCCCUGCCUGGAGUAAUGAAACUCUGCAUGCAGUAAAGGAAGUCAUCGCAAUGAUGGCACACAACCUAAAUGCCCAAGCAGAGCUCAUUCACAGCAUGCACAAACCUCUGGUCAACCUCACCCUACAUCUGCUCCAAGCCGUGAACACCAGCUCCUUCGACAUGGCCGACUUCUUCGGAGAAUUCCAGGCGGCUGUGCAAAACACUGUUGAAGUCGUCAUACAGACUAGCCAGGAGGGCAGGGCGGUGAACUGCAGUGACGUGGUGACGCUGUGGGAGAAGGUGGGCAAAGCAGCGGGGCUUCCUCCCAGCAGCCUGCACAUGUGGUGCAACAUCAACCUGCAGUCGCUCCUUAAUCUCCCAGAGUUCACACCAUUCAACGCAACGGCACAGUCUGCACAGUCGGUGAAUGACACAGCCGCUGAUAUCGUGAAGGCCCUGGCAUCGCUCUACAAUGCCAGCCUAUCCCAAAGCAGUGCCGUCCAACAGCUCGUCACAGCCCUCACGCAUCACCUCUCAUCCAACCAUCACGGGAUGACAAUGCAGGCUCAACAGAACUGGAUGGACCAGAUGCUUCAGAUGCAGUUGUACCAAAGCUUGUCAGGUGUGCAGAUGGCCCUGGAUCAAGUGGGUGCCGCUGCUCCGUGGCUGCGGCCCUACGUCCGCGCGGUGCAGAAGGCCACAGAGUACACCCUGCUGAACAGCAACCGUCUGCUGAACGGCACCACCACCCAGCAGGUGCUGAUGGAGGCCCUGGAGGUCCUGCUGACCGGCAUGAACUACACGCAGGAGUCCAUCAGGCAGAUCCUGAGCGGGCGCUUUAACGGCUCGUCCAUUGACCAGCUUUUGAAAAGCGUCGUCAAGGAGGUCAUUCAGAUGAGGCUGCUUGGAGACUGGCCUAUGGCGUACGGGCUGUUGGAGCAAGUUCUCAUGGCCAAUGGCUCAGAUGUUGUCCUGAACAGAGUGAUGCAUUUAAUCGACUGGAUGGUAACCACUGAGGAAACUGGCAUAGCCUUUUUCACCCACAUGCUUCCAAAAGUCUACGAUGUCGUUCAGGCCGUCUUGGAAAUGGUGUCGCAGAUCGUUUCUGGCCUGCCUCCUUACACGGACAUGCUGACCGAGCUUGUUGGGAACAUGCUGAACGUGCUCCGGCAAAUCACGCGCACCAGCAACCUCUUUGGUCCGGUGGAUGCCUACCUGGCAGACUUCCAGAGGAGCGUCAUGCCGAUGGCUCCCUCGUCACCCCGCUGGAUGAGGCGAGAGGUCAGCAGGGAGCCCAUGGACGACUUCCUGGACCUUCUGCAGGUCGAUUAUGCCGCCUUGUUCCACGCCCUGUCCAUAGAGCCCACACCCUACGAGAUCAUCGAGACCAUCCACCUCCUCUUUUCCAACCCUGACAUGGCCAUAUUCGUGAAGGGUCUGAACUAUGACCUGACCGGAAGCUCUGCGCAAGAUGAAACCAUCGACACUGUUCUGGGCGUCCUCUCGUACCUGACAACGCCCAGCCAAGUGGUGCAGUAUGUGAGUUUGUUCACAGAGAUUGCGGAGGACGACUGGAAUGUCGGUGACUUGCAGAAACUGGGGGCGUUGUCGGAGAGCCUGGCGCGAAUGAUCGAUGUCGCCAUGAUAAUGUCUAAGCAGCCCUCUCUCAACAUUGCUCAUAGGGUCGACCAGAUUGCGAAGCAGCUGUCCAGUUUGGUGGACAAGAUCGUCGGUCAUCAGAGCAACACCACUGAUCUGGCCUCCGAGUUUCUCACUGCCCUGAAUAACAUUCUCCUCCAAAACAUUGAGGAAGCCAAAGACAUCAGCCCGCAAAUCACAGCCAUUUUGAAAGCCAUAAUCAACGCUGCCUCCAAGCCAGGAUCACAGAUGAGUCUGAUGCCUUACAUGAUGGCUCUGGACCAAACCGUCAGUGCUUUUGCCCCAAUUCUCUCACCCGAGAAUCUGAUGUACUUCAACAUAUCUGGACAGAUGAUCAAAGGUCUCGCCAUGCUGGCGUCCUAUCCAGACGACAUUGAAAAAGUACUGCACUCGGUUUACUUGCUCUCAGCCACUGUGAACCACGCUCUUGCCUUCAGCGGAGAGGUCAGCCUUCCGGGUGGCCUAUCCAUUCAGGAGGUGGUGGGGCCCGUGGUCCUGAACAGCGCUCUGGCCACACACAUCCUCUGGAACCUCUCCUCCGUCAGCCACACCUACAGCACCACCCUGGAGAAGCAGAUGAUGAUCAUCCAGAGCAUUGACAGUGCAGUGUCUCUUCUUCCAGAGGACGCACGAGCCCACACUGCCCCGCUGAGGGGUGUCCUUCUCUCGGCUCUCUCCUGGACAUCGAGCACAGACCAAAUCCGUCCGGCCUUCAUGAACAUCUCCCACGAGGUCACCGCGUCACUCCUGACCAUCCUCAAUGUCACUCAAGGUCCCGUGUCCAUGGACGAGAAGGGCCCGGCGCGCAUUCUCUACGUGGUGUCCAACCUGGUGUCUCAGAGCCUGUUUGAGGGCCUGGAGAUGGCCUCAUCCUACCCCAGCCUGUCUGAGAUGCUGAGCUCUCUGAACAGCGCAGUGGGCACCCUGGGCACAGUCCUGCCACCCACAGGCAGCCAUUACCUCAACGUCUCAUACCAACUCCUUGAAAAAUUAGCUCACGCUGUGAACUACACCAGUUCCACAGGAGACCUCGAUGGAGCUCUGUCCAUGCUCUCAGGCUUCGUCCACACCCUGGUGAGCGCGGUGCAGUACCCGGGCAACGCGACCGCCACAGACAACGCUUUUGGAGAGCUUGAGGCUGCUUUGAAGAUGGCCCUGCAGAUCCUCAUGUCUGGAGGCGACCCCUUGGAGCAAGCAGCUGGGGUCUCCCAGCAGCUCCUGCACAGCGUCCACAGCAUGCUGUCCCUGGCCAGUGGCGGCACGGAGCUGGAUCUGGCGAAACUGGUGCUGGGAGCAACCAAGAUGAACUUGGGCCACCUGUUGAUGAUGAACGACACAAACUGGCUGAGCAAACUGCCUAUGGUGCUGGCAGACGUGACCAGAAGCCUCCCUGACGGCCUUCCCUACGCCCGCCUCAUUAAGAACAUAACAGGCAGCCUAGGCAAGGAACCUCAAGGCAACCUGAGUAUCCUGCUGGAGAUGGCACAGACAAUAUCAGAGUUGCUGAUGACUGACAUGUGGUCUUCCAACUACACCAUGUUACUGCACCGACUCUCAUCUCAGCUGUGUGGUGUGGAGAGGCUGGAUGCUGCCCAGCAGGUCAUCAAGGCGUUCUCCCUGCCCGGGGGGCUGCUGUGCCAGUCGGUUGGACCAGCCAUGACCGCCAUCCACCAGCUGACCAUUAAUGUGGCAGGAAACGGCAGCGAACUCUACAACGUGCUCUAUGAGCUGUUCGUUGGAGACCCUGCGACCUACGACAUCGAGUCUGACUGGGUCAACGUUGUGUCCAAGGUAAUUGGCUUCAAUGUAAGCACUUUGGGAUCAUUAGAAGUAAACACGACUGCUCCACAAGCUAGCGUAAAAGUGUCAGAUCUACUCCAGAAUGCCACCAGCUUUGCGAUCGAUGUCCAUAAAUACACACAGCUCAGCCCGGAGAUAAUUCAAGUUCUGCUGAAUUUCACACUGCCCAAUAGCAAUCUGAAGAUUCUGGCCAUGUUGACCAACCUGCGCUACUGUACUAUGCCCUCCAUGAUGUCAGCCAAUGACACGCUACUCUUCAACGCCUUCUGCCGUCUCAGGCCGGAGCAGUGGUACAACUUUGUCAUUCUGUUCGUCCGCCACCAUAGUGUGGAAAAUGUCAUCUACAAGCUCCUGCUGUCCAGUGACAUGCAGGGCUUGGUCGGCGUGGUGCUGCAGAUGGUGCACUUCUUGACGGACAUGAUGAACAAGCUGCUGCCUGCCAUCCACCGGCUGCAGGAGUACUUGUCCUCCUUUGGCAACCUCAACCUGGUGGCUGACUCAGAGUUCCACAGCCUGGUACGAGGCAAGCGCUCCACCAUCUCGAGCAAGUCUGCCUUCGUGGCCAUCUCGCGGGCGCUCUGCAGGAACGGCAUCAUGGCACUCUUUGGCAUCUCCAAGCUGCCCAUCAUGACGGAGAGUGACGCCUCCACCAAAUCCGACCACAGCAGAGAAGAACUCAUCGAGAAGUUCAUGAUACCCCGAGAUGCCUCCCCGUUCUGCAUGAACUUCUACCUGGACAUGGUGAACACGACGGGCGGGGCUGUGGCGUGGGCCUUCCUCAAGCCCAUGCUGCUGGGGCAGGUGCUGUACACCCCCGACACCCCCCUCACCAGGGAGAUCAUCAGGAAGUCGAAUGGCACACUGCACCAGUUUGGCCAGCUGAGGUCGUUCUCGGAGGAUUGGAUCAUGGCCUCGUCAUACGUGAUGAAGUCAGCAGAUCUGCUCAAUAAGACAAUGCCAAUGCUGAAGAACUCCCUGAGCAACCCAUUUGUUCAGAACUUCAUCGAAUCACAGACAGACAUUGACGUCAGCCUCAUGAAGGACACUCUACAAAACUUUUCCAACAUUACCCAGCUCCUGGAGAAGAACAAGUUCAUUGUGGGCCAGAUCACCACGCUGUCCACGUUGAUGAUGAACCUCUCCUCCUGCGUGAACUUCGACCGCUACAAGGCCAUGAAGACGGUGGAGGAAAUGGACCAGCGAGCGGAGGUCCUCGCUGAAACAAGAGACCUUUACGCCAGUAUCAUCUUCAAGCUGCCGCAAGAGAACAACAGCAGCCUGCCUGAGAAAGUGGACUACACCAUCCGCAUGCAGAUCGACAACUCCAUGAGAACGGACCGCACCCGCAACCCCUUCUGGGUGAGGGACUCGUACAUCUCCAUGACCAGGACCCAGAGGUACAACCGGGGCUUCAUCUACCUGCAGGAGGCCAUAGACCGAGCCAUCAUCGAGACCCAGCUGGGCCAGCCGGUGCAGGAGCCCGCCGUCCAGCUGCAGGCCUUCCCGUACCCCUGCUUCCUCAAGGACGAGUACCUGGACAGCAUUUCCUUCGCCUUCCCGCUGGUCCUCAUGAUCGCCUGGGUGCUGUUCAUUGCCAACUUUGUCAAGAAGCUGGUGCAAGAGAGGGAGCUCCGACUGCACGAGUACAUGCGAAUGAUGGGCGUCAACCCCGUCAGCCACUUCUUCGCCUGGUUCAUCGAGAGCGCCUGCUUCCUGCUGACCACCAUCGUCAUCCUGACGGCCAUCCUGAAGGUGGGCCGCGUGCUGCCGCACAGCGACGCCUUCCUGCUCUUCCUGUACCUGUGCAACUACGGCCUGUCCAUCCUGGCCAUCAGCUACCUGGUCAGCAGCAUGUUCAACAAGACCAACGUGGCCGGCCUGAGCGGCAGCCUCAUCUACGUCAUCUGCUUCUUCCCCUUCAUCGUCGUCAUGUCGCUGGAGAGCAACCUCACGCUGGGCGCCAAGACCGCACUGAGUCUAUUUUCACCAACCUGCUUCAGUUACGCCAGCCAGUACAUCUCCCGCUACGAAGCCAAGGAAGAAGGCAUCCAGUGGAGCAAUGCCUACGUGUCCCCCAUGGCAGGGGACUCGGCCUCCUUUGGGUGGCUGAACUGGCUCCUCCUCAUCGACUCUCUCGUCUACUUCAUCGUGGGUGCAUACAUUCGCAUGGUUUUCCCAGGCAAAUAUGGGAUUCCAGCACCCUGGUAUUUCCCAGUUAUGCCGUCUUUCUGGCGUGACCUGUUUGGGUGUCAGACGACCUCCAAAAAAUCCGCCAAAGGCCUGUUUUUCGCCAACAUCAUGCAAAAGGACCCAGGAUACAACAAAAACAAAGGAAACGGCAUGUUCCCUGAGCAAGAGGAGGAGUUCCCUGACAUGCCCGUCGGGGUGGCUCUACAUGGCCUGACCAAAACCUAUGGCAGGAGGCACGCCAUCCACAACCUCAACCUGGCCUUCUACGAGGGACAUGUCACCACACUGCUGGGACACAACGGAGCCGGAAAGACCACCACCAUGUCUCUGCUGACUGGGUUGUUUGGCCCCACCUCUGGUUCCAUCGAUGUGUACGGGCGAGAUAUGCAGGCCAACAUCGAUGAUAUCCGCCGCGACCUGGGCGUGUGUAUGCAGUACGAUGUCCUCUUUGAUGACCUGACGGCCAAGGAACAUCUGCUCUUGUACGGCCAGAUCAAAUCACCCCACUGGUCAAAGGCAGAACUGAACGAGCAAGUGCGCAGCAUCCUGCAGGAGACAGGCAUGUACGCCCACCGCCACAAGCGGGCGUGCACCCUGUCGGGCGGCAUGAAGCGUAAGCUCUCCAUCUCCAUCGCGUUCAUCGGAGGCUCCAGGCUGGUGGUGCUGGACGAGCCCACCACGGGCGUUGACCCCUGCUCCCGACGCAGCAUCUGGGACAUCAUCCUGCAGCACAAGAGCGAUCGCACCAUCAUCCUGUCCACCCACCAUCUGGACGAGGCCGAGGUCCUGAGUGACCGCAUCGCCUUCAUGGAGCGCGGAGGCCUCAAGUGCUGUGGCUCGCCCUUCUACCUCAAAGACAAGCUCGCUCAGGGCUACAACCUGACGCUCACCAAGAAGGUGCUGAGCCCCGACUCGGAGGAGCAGUUUGACAGUGCGGAGCUGAAGGCCUUCAUCCAGUCCUACUUGCCCGAGGCGCGCAUGAAGGAGGGGGAGGUGGGCGACGUGGUGUACAGCCUGCCCCCCUACAGCUCCCAGAACGCGGCCUCCUACCGAGCCCUGCUCACCAGCCUGGACCAGAACCUGGACACCCUGCAGCUGGGAUGCUACGGCAUCUCAGACACCACCCUGGAGGAGGUGUUCCUGCAGCUGACGAAGGACGGCGACGAUGACAAGAAGGACACGCCCUGGUCCAUCUCUGAGUCUGUGCUUGACAAGGCCGCCUCGCGAGAUAGCCUGCCCGACGACCUCUCGGAAAGCAGCUUCAGCUUUGGAGACAAAGCCAGCCUGACGGGCACGUCGACGGUGCGUGGUCUGGCCCUGCUCUGGCAGCAGGUGGUGGCCAUGGUGAUGAAGCGCGUGCACCACUCGCGGCGCGACUGGAAGGGCAUGUUCUCCCAGGUCAUCCUGCCCGUCCUCUUCGUCAUCGCUGCCAUGGGCCUGGGCUCCAUCAAGAGCAACCUGCAAACCUUCCCCGAGAUGCAGAUCUCACCCGGACUGUACCACACCGGCGAGCAGUACGCCUUCUUCAGCAACCAAAACCCACAAUCCAGCAAACUGGUGGACACCAUGAUGUCAUACCCUGGUAUUGAUGAUGUGUGCUCAAACCAUCCAGAGGACAAGGCUUGUGCCAUAGACUCCAAGACUGAGCCACAAACCUGGACGAGUCGAGGAAACAGCUCGAAGCCAUUUAGCUCCUGCAAGUGCUCCAAAACUGAGCAGGUCUGCGAGCGUGACAACUAUCAACCUCCUCAUAUGCGGAACCCCUCGUCUCAAAUUGUGUACAACGUGACUGGAUUAGAUGUGGAAAACUACCUGCUGUCCACUGCCAAUGACUACGUCAGGAACAGGUAUGGUGGAUGGUCCUUCGGAAAGCCUUUGCCUCCAGACCUGAAAAUGGAUUUGUAUGACGUGCCUAAGAACAGGACGCUAACCAAGGUCUGGUACAACCCUGAGGGCCACCACACCAUGCCAGCCUACCUAAACAGCCUGAACAAUUUCAUCCUGCGAUCCAGGCUGCCAGCUGACAAGGACCACAGGCAGUACUCAAUCGGGGUGUCCAGUCAUCCUUACCCAGGCCAGGUGGAUGAAGAAGAUGCCAUGGUGAAGGGUCUGGUCAACACCUUGGUGGCCUUGUGUGUCCUGACGGGCUACUCCAUCAUGACGGCCAGCUUCGUGGUCUACGAGGUCCAAGAGCACCACACGGGCUCCAAGCGGCUGCAGCAUAUCUCCGGGAUCAGCGAGCCGUUCUACUGGACCGUUAACUUCAUCUAUGACAUGGCCAUCUACAUGGUGCCCGUGGCGUUGUCCGUGGCCAUGAUUGCCGCCUUCCAGCUGCCCGCCUUCACCGAGCGCCAGAACCUGGGGGCGGUCACGCUGCUGCUGAUCAUGUUCGGGUUUGCCACCUUCCCUUGGAUGUACCUCCUGACAGCAGUCUUCAAGGAUGCAGAGAUGGCCUUCAUCAGCUACGUGUGCAUCAACCUCUUCAUCAGCGUCAACACCAUCAUCUCCACCGCCAUCGUCUACUUCCUGGGUCAACUCAACCAACACGAUGAGAGCAUCCAAGCGGUCUACCAGACCCUGAACAGCGUCUUCCUCAUCUUCCCCCAGUUCAGCUUUGGCAACGGGCUGAUGGAGCUGGCUCGGGUGGACAUCCAGAUCCAGAUCCUCAAGGUCUACGGGGUGGACGCGUACAAGGAUCCGUUUGGAACAGACAUGCUCGGCUGGAUGUUCUUGUCCCUGUUCGUCCAGGGGGUCCUGGCGUUCACGCUGCGUCUGCUGCUCAACAAGUGGCUGAUGCGUAAAGUCAGGAAGUUGUUCUGCCGCAGGAGGCCCGUGCCCCAGAGGGCGUCCGGGGAUGAGGAUGAGGACGUGGUGGCAGAGCACAGGCGAGUGGACAGUGGGGCCGCCAGUUCAGAUGUGCUGCAGUUGAACCAGCUGACCAAAACCUACCACCACCUCAGCAAGAAGGUGCAGGCUGUCAAGAAGCUGUCUGUGGGCAUUCCAGCUGGAGAGUGCUUUGGACUUCUGGGUGUCAACGGAGCCGGAAAGACAACCACCUUUAAAAUGCUGACUGGAGACAUCAGCCCUACUGGUGGAAAUGUUCAGAUCCAGGACUGGGAUGGGCGUAUGGUGGACAUAAUGGACUGCCGCCAGAAGGGCAUCAACAUCGGCUACUGCCCUCAGGUGGACGCCCUCGAUGACCUCCUGACCGGAGAGGAGCACUUGUACUUCUACUCCAGGAUCCGUGGAAUAUCCAGGCGGGAAAUGGACAGAGUGGUGAAUUAUCUGCUGAGAAAGCUGGAGCUCGAGUACCAUAGAAACAACAUCUCAGAAAGCUACAGUUGUGGAACUCGCCGGAAGCUCUCCACUGCCCUGGCAUUGAUUGGACACCCUCAGAUUCUGCUUCUGGAUGAGCCCAGCUCCGGCAUGGAUCCUCGCUCCAAGCGGCACCUCUGGAAGAUUAUCUCAGAAGAAGUAAUGGGAAAAUGUGCCGUAGUCCUGACCUCACACAGCAUGGAGGAGUGCGAAGCCCUGUGCACACGUCUUGCCAUUAUGGUACAGGGCCAGUUCAGGUGCCUGGGCUCCCUUCAGCACAUCAAGAACAGAUUUGGCAGUGGAUUCACAGUAAAAAUGUAUCUUGCUGUGGCCUCCUGCGACGUAGACGUCAUCACCAGGUUCAUGCAGCAGCAUUUCCCCAGCACAUAUCUGAAGGACCACCACUCUACCAUGGUGGAGUACCACGUUCCCAUCGCCCCCGGUGGAGUGGCAGACAUCUUUGACCAGCUGGAGUCCAAUAAGACUGCACUGCAGAUCAAGCACUUUUCAGUCAGCCAGACCACUCUGGAUGAGGUCUUCAUCAACUUUGCCAUGGGGAAAGACGGCAUGGAGAAGACAGACGCGGUGCUGCUGACUGAGGGCUCUGACGCAGACAGCCUCAACUCCUUUGACUCCGUCGACACAUGAAGGAGAACCACUCUUUUGCAAAACACCACCGGCACGACUGAGCUGACCCUGACAAAUUCUCUGGAAUAGCAUUAAUAUAUACCGUACAUAUGCUUUAAUGCAAAUUUUGUUAAACGUGGGGGAGGAGAUUAUUUUAAUCAUUCUUUUUUUUUAAAUUGUAAAUUGUUGUCGUGAUGGUAUGCUUGUCAUUUAUUCUACUCAUGAAGGACUGGUUAUGAAGUACACUUUACUGGUUAUGAAGUACACAUUACUCAGGGUAGGCUCUCUCUAUAAUGGAACACAAAUAGCCUACAUUGCACAGGCGCUUGUUGAAUUUUAAUCAUAAAAUCUGUAUUUUCUAAAGGUAUGAGAUUUAAUUGUCUGGCUUUUUCUCUAUAUUUAUUAUAUUGACCAAUAUGCACUGUUUAACUGUAUAUUAGUGAAGACUCUGUGUUCUUUUCUUUAUUAUCAUCAUACAUCACAAGUAUUUUUUUUAUUUACUUAAGAUGCCCCCCCCCCAUCAAACUAAACUAUUAAAUGUUAAUGUAAAUGCACAGUUGAUGUAAUGGGGCAUUACAGUUGAGAUUGUGUGCCCAGGCUGCUCGGUGCAAGCGAGACCUACAACACAUAAAUUGGAAAAAAACCUUUUGGGCUCACAGAUACAAAUGAUUCUCCCCCAUAUCCGUGUAUUUUUGCUCUCACUGCCAUUAAUAUUUCCCAUAGCACACAGCAAUAAGAAUGUGUUGAAUAUUUCAUUGGCUUUCUAUUCCAUUGGUUGAGGCAGAACAAAAAAAAGCUGUCUUUUUCAUUUUUUUUCUAUAUUAAACUUUUUUGAACUGCA